AUGUCAGCGCAAGGUCUUUGUGGAUCAGAUGCAAGUGUAUCCAUGAAAAUCUUGUUUGUCCUGAGGACGAUGAUCAACCCUGAGGUGCAGAAGCAAGGACAGGCGGAGAUCGAUUCAGUCAUCGGGCAUGAUCGUUUCCCUCAGCUCGCCGACAGAGAUCAACUCCCGUAUGUUUCAGUGUUGUACCUUGAGGUCUUGCCCAUCCUGUUGCACCCACUGGUCUUCCGUAUUGCCUGA